CCCGGGCGGGCGCGUCGCCCAGACUCCCGGCGCGUCCGGGAGGUUCCGAUUUGAAGACCUGACUUCUCCUCGCACAUUGGAUUAUGCCCAAGGCUUUUCUACCCAAUGAUCCUCUUGCAACACGCCGGACUUCCUCUGCCUAAGCGGCCCUCAUCCUCUCCUCCUAUGUCAGUGGCCGCCAGGUCUACAGGAACCUUGCAGCAUCCUCCGCAGAAGCCUUUUGUGCAGGAGGCUUCCUUACCUCUGGCAGGGGAAGAAGAGUUACCUAAGGGAGGGGAGCAAGACUCUGCCCUGGAGGAGCUAUGUAAGCCCCUUUACUGCAAACUCUGCAAUGUCACCUUGAACUCAGCGCAGCAAGCCCAGGCUCAUUAUCAGGGUAAAAAUCAUGGUAAGAAACUCAGAAAUUACUAUGCAGCAAAUAGCUGUCCUCCUCCUGCCAGAAUGAGUAAUGCGGUAGAACCUGUGGCUACUCCAGCUGUUCCAGUCCCUCCACAGACGGGCUCCUUCAAGCCGGGAGGCAGAGUGAUCCUGGCCACAGAGAAUGAUUACUGUAAGCUCUGUGAUGCCUCCUUUAGUUCUCCGGCUGUGGCUCAGGCUCACUAUCAAGGGAAGAAUCAUGCCAAGAGACUGCGGCUGGCGGAAGCUCAGAGUAACUCAUUCUCGGAAUCAUCAGAGGCUGGUCAACGGAGGACCCGGAAAGAAGGAAAUGAAUAUAAAAUGAUGCCUAAUAGGAGAAAUAUGUAUACAGUACAGAAUAAUUCAGCAGGUCCGUACUUCAAUCGCCGCUCUCGGCAGAGAAUUCCACGUGAUCUGGCCAUGUGUGUCACUCCAAGUGGCCAGUUUUACUGCUCAAUGUGCAACGUUGGGGCUGGCGAAGAGGUGGAAUUCCGGCAUCAUUUAGAGAGCAAGCAGCAUAAAAGCAAGGUGUCUGAACAGCGGUACAGGAAUGAGAUGGAGAAUCUGGGCUAUGUAUAGUGAUUGUUGUAUUCAGAUAGAGCAGCUCGUCCUGCCUGGUAUUUGCCUUUUGUCAACAUGCCCUGCUUUGUGGUCCUUUUGAUAUGAGUACAUUCCUCUGCUUAAUGUUAAUACAUGUAACCUGCAGUGGUACCGUGAGAUGUCAAAACUGGGGAACGACAAGAAUGGGCUUCUUAGGUCAUGAUGCUUUUCUAGGUCAAUUGUGUUGAGUCACUUAGAGCAUGUGACCUCGUACCCCACGAAAAAUAAUUUUUUAUCUUGACCAAGUUCUGGUCAGUUAGUAGCCUGACCACUUAGAGCUUUAACUAUUUAAAAAUCUCAUCCUCUUUUGCCAUUUUAGUUUUAUGUACUAUUAAGGAAAGGAUUUUAUUGAGUUCUUAAGAUCACAGUAAAAACAGGUAAGCAGAAAUUUCAGUUUCCAAGGCUUCUUCGGAACCACCACCUCCACUCAGUGUCUUGUUGGUAGGAUGUACUAUUACAGACUGCAUUAGAGUCUUUCCCAGGACGUCCCCCUUUAUCUUGUCUUCCCAUGAUUGAGAUGAAGGUUGUCUUGGAUUCAGACACUUCCGCUGUGCUUGUGGACUUCCAAACAGUGAAACUUCACUUCCAGUUACGGAUUUCGCACGUUUAAAGGCCCCUUCUUCCCUCUUCCUUUUUCCCUCUCGAGUUGAAUUAACUUGUCUAGUAAGCUAAUUUUCAUGUCCCAGCUAUGUUGUGGGAUUUCCAAGCCCCACAUUUGAAUAUCCAAUGAAUUUAAGAUAGAUAUGAUAUUUUUUUAAAAAAAAUAUUUUUCAGCUGGUUUUAGAAAAUGUAAAGAUGUGUUUGACUUCUCAAUUUAGAGUUACUUCAUUGAUAGUGACUUGUUACUUAUAUGAUGGCCUCAGUCAUAAGUUUAGAUCUCUGGGUAUUUGAUUUGGCAGACUUUGUAGAUAAACUGAUCCUUGUAUUUUACUUACAUUCAUCUCUGUCUUGUUAGUUGGCUGUCCUGAAAAAUACCACUACCUUUCUGUUUCAUAGAUAGAGAGGACAUUUAAAAAAGUUAAUAAAAUUUCAGUAUCAUCAUUUCUAGGAGAAAAAUACAUCAACUUGGAUUUUAUUCUUUCUAAUUCAGCUUUCUUGAAGUCAAUAGAAAUACAUUAUAGAUUACUUGGUAUCUGAUGAUUACAGCAGUAUUAUUAGUUUUGUAUUUUGUUUUUAAAAUAAAGCUCCAUUGUAUGUCUAGAUUAACUAAUGGUGUACUCUAUGAACUUUCAUUAAUUGUAUUUUAUCUACUUACUAUAUUUACAUGGAUAAGACCGGUGCUCAUCCAUACUUCUUUUGAAAUGCAACAUGGAAGUUUAUAUUGAGCCGUAUCUUUGCACUAUGGUCAAUUCACACUUGAUUGCUUAUAUUGCUAAUUAAAAAAUAUCAAACUCCUGUUUUUUCUUGAGAAUUCUAUAUGCAAAGAGAUGAGAGAAGGAAAAUUAUAAUCAUUAUUCCUUUUCUUUAAUACUUCUAAAUGAUUUUUGAACAUUCUGGACCUAUAUUUAAAAUUCAGAUUUGUGUUUACCUCUGAUACAGUAGCAGGUUACUCUUCUAUUGAAGGGAUGGUAUUAGAAAAGUAAAAUUAUUUAAUAAUUUUUCUCUCCCCCAAACAGAAGAAUAAAGUAAUGUUCGGUUGAGAGUCUAUCUAGACCUGUGACUCUUAGUAUAAUAACCCUUUGUGCAGUAAUCUAUAAAAUACAGCUGAUUAGUUUAGGGCAAUUUAGAACUUGUUUUUGGUCAGUAUUUAUUCAUUUUGCUGCUAAAUAUAACUUUUUAGUAGAUUUUAAUAUUACAGUGCUGGCCACUAGGUUCUAUUAUUUAAAAAUCCCAUUUUCCCUUCUCUCUGUAUGUGUAUUUAUAUACAUACACACACACACACACAUAAAACUAUAGGUAUAUUCUUUUAUGUGAUACCAUAGAGAUUUCAUUGAAUUCUUAUUUCAGAUACAGAAACAGAUUGUGGA